AUGGCGGUAACAGCGACGAUACAGUCCCCCACAGAUAUUGGCGGAGCCGAGUAUGGCGACUUCGUGGACUCCGAGGAUGAUCUUGAUGUUACGGAGUAUACCGAAUGGCCUUACGAAUACGAGUUCUACCCCAUCCGCAUCGGAGAGGUGAUCAAUCAAACGUACCAGAUCGACCAUAAACUUGGACAUGGCGGUUUUUCUACUGUUUGGAUGGCCCAUGAUCUCAAACGCCGGAGGGAUGUGGCUCUCAAAAUCACCGCGAGAAAUUCAGGAGAAUAUGAAUACAAAAUGCUCGAAGAGAUAAAGUGUACUGUGAAGGAUACCUCUCAUCUUGUCACUUCCAUAGCAAGCUUUAUCCUUCGCGGCAAAGAUUCUGAUCACCGAGUUCUCGUGUUUCCCUUACGCGGUCCAUCUCUUAAUCCCCUUUAUGGGCUGAAGGGGAUAACUAUGGCCGCCCGCAUGUCGGCUGCGAGGCAGUUACUUGAGGGUUUGGCAAACCUACAUGAAGCUGGGCUCGUACACCGUGACAUAAAUGGUGGAAACGUCAUGUGGGGUAUGGCUCCCCUCGAAAAUCUCGACAGAGCCGCAAAAUACAAGCUUUUAGGCCGUCCCCUAAAGAUGAAGGUACCUGAUAACCCGUGGAAACAAGGGGAGGUUGUUAAGCCUAUCGAAAUCCCCGACGAGUUACGAACAGAGAAGUUUUACCUCGGCGACUUUGCUUUGGCAAUGAAACCUGGUUCUCCUGUCACCCAACCAGCGGCUUCACAACUACGAUCCAAGUUUCGCCUGUGA